UUUACCAUCCAUCUCUUUCUCACACACACCACUUUCCUUUCAUCCUUGUUCUUCGUCAUGAUCUUCUGUGCACCAGAUUUUUAAAAAUAUAUAUAAAUCCUAAACUAUAUACUUGUACCAACUUCCCUAAUAAUUAUUUUAUCUUUAUUAUAUCUGCAGUGCAGCAGGUAGCAUUGAUUCCUUCCGCCAAAUCCUCAUCAUCAUCAUCAGCAUCAGAAAACUUAACUACUGUCCCUUCCUUGUUAAAUAAAUAUAUUAUUUGGUCAGGUUCUGUGCACUACUUUUAGUUUGUCAAACACACAUCUCUCUUUGUGAAACAUAUUUCUGACUUUUUUUUUCUAAAUCUAAAUUUCCCGGUGCCGGUCGGAAACUCCGGUACGACACGUGUAGCCUGGUAUUAAAUAUAUUAGUCGGUGGGCGUUAAAUAUGAUCAUUGACUAUCAAGUCAAUGCCUUUGAUCUAGCUAGUAAUUAUUAGAGCAAAGUUAUUUGGGGUUUAAGGGGAAAAAAAAACAGAUCAUCAUCAAACCAUUAUUAUUAUUAUUAUAAUAUAUCGAUAUAAUGAUGAUGCCUAUGGAGACAAGGAACCCAAAUUCCAUUAACGGAAAGAUAGCGUCAGCUGCGGCUGGUGGUGGUGGUGGUGAUAAGGAAUGGGAGGUCCGACCCGGUGGAAUGCUAGUCCAAAAACGAGAUCCAAAUGAUGAACAAACCCGUAUACCUCCUCCGACUAUUCGUGUUCGGGUCAAAUAUGGUUCUAUAUAUCAUGAAAUCAAUAUUAGUUCUCAAGCUACUUUUGGGGAAUUGAAGAAAAUGUUAUCCGGGCCAACAGGGCUACACCAUGAAGAUCAAAAACUGAUGUACAAAAACAAAGAAAGGAGUUCGAAAACAUAUCUAGAUUAUGUGGGUGUCAAGGAUCGGUCGAAAAUGGUAUUGGUAGAAGACCCAAUUAGCCAAGAAAAACGGUAUAUCGAGAUGAGAAACAAUGCCAAGAUGGAGAAAGCUGCUAAAUCUAUUUCCGAGAUUAGUUUGGAAGUCGAUCGACUUGCUGGCCAGGUGUCGGCGCUUGAAUCGGUUAUUUCCAAAGGAGGGAAAGUGGCGGAGAAGACAAUGUUGAAUCUGAUUGAGUUAUUAAUGAAUCAGUUACUCAAAUUGGAUGGAAUCAUGGCAGAAGGCGAUGUUAAAUUGCAAAGGAAAUUGCAGGUGAAAAGAGUACAAAAGUACGUCGAAACACUUGAUGUUUUGAAGGUUAAAAACUCGGUAGAGGGAAGCAAUGGGAAUGAGAAUUUAGUCCCAACGAAGCAGCCACCAUCAGUUCAAGUAAAUCAUGUACAAAGUUAUUCAAACGGGCAUGGUGCCGUCACUGAACGAAAUGUACCACACAACCAGACCAAGCAGGCGCCGUUUCCCAAGUCUAGACGGUCGGUUGGGAAUUUUGUACCAAUUCCGUUGCCACCUAAACAGCAGCAAGAACAAUCCAGGAGCUCUGCAUCGUCGUCAUCAGGGGAAGUGGUGGUAACUACACAAUGGGAGACUUUUGAUUCCAUGCCCACAGCGGCACCACCACAAUCAAGCACCACCAAUACAGUACAUCAUCCCAAGUUCAGCUGGGAUUUACUUUAAAGUUAGCUAAAAAAAAGUAUUAUCAUAAAUGAUACAUAUACAUAUACAUAUAUAUGGUCUAUAGUAGUUUGUGUGGAAGUGUUACUUUUGGAUUCUAUCACAAAAUUGAAGUGGCAUAUAUAUGCUAUAUUCUUUGCUGUAGUUAGAGUUUUCCUGUUUUAUCAGAUCUCCCUUUUAGGGGUCAUUCCCCUUUACAGAUAAAAUAACGGGAUUACUGAUAAUAUUUUUCAUA